AUGGCCUUUAUGUCAAGAUUCUCUCGGUCGCGGAGCAACUCAAGAUCACCCAGCAGAAGAGAAUCGGAAAAGGGUUCACCUGUGCUUACAAUUGCAGAACUCGAGCGGCUCCUUUAUACGGGAAAAACAGCUUGCAAUCAUGCUGACGAAGUGUGGCCAAGACUUUAUAUUGGUGACCAAGAUAUCGCCUCAGAUCGCAGAGAACUUGUAAAACUGGGGAUUACUCAUAUCCUCAAUUGCGCGCAGAGCAAAUGGCGGGGCGGAGCGGAGUAUUACGCAGGCAUGAACAUCACCUACCAUGGAAUUGAAGCACAUGACUCACCCUCUUUUGAUAUGAGCGUGAACUUCUACCCUGCUGCGGAGUUUAUUCACAAGGCAUUGAGCGGUGGAGGGAAAGUCCUUGUGCACUGUGCUGUUGGGGUGAGUCGUUCUGCAACACUUGUUCUGGCAUACCUCAUGAUCAGACAGAACAUGACUCUCGUGGAGGCCAUCAAAACUGUAAAAGACCAUCGCGGUGUUAUCCCCAACCGCGGCUUCCUACGCCAGCUUAGCGGUCUGGAUAGCAUUCUGCGCGCUAGUCGCAAUGCCACGUAG